UCUGACCUAUCGCCAGUGUUCGAUGGCCAAUGUGGCUGCCACCUCAUCGUGAUGCUGUGGAUGUGCGAGCGCGUAGCCCCUCGUUGGUGACACGGAAGCGCGGUUUCUCUUCUCAGGACGAUCGUCCGGGACGCCGAACAAUAUGUCUCGGGCUCACGUGAAAGCCUUCCUGGCGAUUCUCCUGGUCGCCCAGGUCCACGGCCUCAUGUUCUACCUCGAGCCGAACAGUCACAAGUGUUUGAAGGAGGAGGUCCACGCGAACGUGCUCGUCACGGGCGAGUACGAGGUGUCCGAGGCGCCGGGUCAGAAGACGAAUUACGUGAUUCAGGACUCUAAGGGACACAUACUGUCGCAGAAGGAGGACAUUCCUCACGGGAAACUGUUGAAGUUCUCCUUUGUCACGGAAACCUACGACACCUUCGAGAUCUGCUUCAUUUCGCGUCUCCCGAACCAUCAGCGCGGUGUCAAGCAGGAAGUUACGCUGAUCACGAAACGCGGCAUCGAGGCGAAGAGUUACGAAGGCUUGAUCGGCGAAGCAGCCAAGUUGAAACCAGUAGAAGUGGAAUUGAAACGGUUGGAGGAUCUGUCUGAGGCGAUAGUGCAAGAUUUUGCCAGGAUGCGCAAAAACGAAGAGGAAAUGAGAGACACAAACGAGGCUACGAAUACUCGGGUAUUGUACUUUAGUUUGUUUUCGAUAUGCGUCCUCUUCGGCUUGUCCACCUGGCAACUCUUCUACUUCCGACGCUUCUUCAGGAUGAAGAAACUCAUUGAAUAAGUGGAUUUGUAACAAAUACGAAUGUAAAAAAAAAUACACUUAUUUUUGAGUUUUUAUCCUUGUUAUCUGUAAUUUCAUAUUCGAAUCAUGGAAAACUUUUUAUAUUUGUCGCAACGUUCAAAAGACACUAUUUAAAUAAAUAUGCAAGAACGCGUUACAAUCAUGUUACCUCAUUCAAAUCAAUGUCAAAUAGGGUGAGCUCUCAUCUCACUACACAUUGCGCAUACAUUAUCGAGAACACAAUAUUUAAGCAAUUGUAAGAUAGAAAAUUUCUUAAAUAAAAGUAUACCUCAGUGGUGAUAAGAUA